AACUGUCCAGCUUAGCCUUAAGGAAGAGCAUCAGUCUCCAUCACACAUGGCCAGCCGGAAGACCAAGAAGAAGGAGGGUGGGGCAAAGCGUGCCCAGCGAGCCUCCUCCAACGUCUUCUCCAUGUUUGAGCAGACGCAGAUCCAGGAGUUCAAAGAGGCUUUCACGCUGAUCGACCAGAACCGGGACGGCUUCGUCGAUAAGGAGGACCUGAAGGACACCUAUGCCUCGCUGGGAAAGCUGAACGUCAAAGACAACGAACUGGAGGACAUGCUGAAGGAGGCCAGCGGGCCCAUCAACUUCACCAUGUUCCUCAACCUGUUCGGGGAGAAGUUACACGGGACCGACCCAGAGGAAACCAUCCUCAAUGCGUUCAGAAUGUUUGAUCCUGAGGCCAAGGGACACAUACACAAAGAUGUAUUGCAGCACCUCCUGAUGACACAGGCUGAUAAGUUCACGGCUGAGGAAGUCAACCAGAUGUUCCAGUCCUCCAACAUAGACACAUCAGGAAACUUAGACUACAAAUCCCUUUGUUACAUCAUCACGCAUGGAGAGGAGCAAGAGUGAAGGGGCCGCAGGUGUCAAGUGUUCCGGCCGUCUAUUCUCUGCACGCAAUGUCACUGACCCCUGACCUCUCCUGUCAUCGAGGGCUGCAAGUCAAUAAAGAGCUGUUUUUUUUUUUAUAUAUAAAUCUGGCUGGUGGUAAACAGUGAGUUUAAGUGCAGCUGCCUG